UAGGCAUUCAGGGGUGGGGCUUCCUUCAGCCAUCUGCCUGAGAUAUGGGAGGGAGCUGGAGAGAGAAGGAGGGGGAGAGGCUGCCAGAGAGGAAGAGAAAAGAAAGGAAGAAACGCUAGAAAGAAAAAGGAAGGGGAACGGGAUAAAGGGAGAUCAGUAGCCCGCCCCGAAAUAGCUAGCCUGGGGGGGCGGGGGGAGCUGUGGAGGUGCGCCCCAGCAGGACUGCCCUGAAGGGCUCAUCCUCCGUGCCGUUUGGUUUAUGGAGGAAAAGAAAAUGGUCACUCAGGGUAACCAGGAGCCAACAACAACUCCUGACGCAAUGGUUCAGCCUUUUACUACCAUCCCGUUUCCACCACCUCCACAGAAUGGAAUUCCCACAGAAUAUGGAGUGCCACACACUCAGGACUAUGCCGGCCAGACCAGUGAGCAUAACCUGACCCUCUACGGAAGUACGCAAGCCCACGGGGAGCAGAGUAGCAACUCACCCAGCACACAAAACGGAUCUCUCACGCAGACAGAAGGGGGAGCACAGACAGAUGGCCAGCAGUCACAGACACAAAGUAGUGAGAACUCAGAGAGCAAAUCCACCCCUAAACGGCUGCAUGUCUCUAAUAUUCCCUUUCGCUUCCGGGACCCCGACCUCCGACAGAUGUUUGGGCAGUUUGGCAAAAUCCUAGAUGUAGAAAUAAUCUUUAAUGAACGUGGCUCUAAGGGAUUCGGGUUCGUAACUUUCGAGAAUAGUGCUGAUGCAGACAGGGCCAGGGAGAAAUUACACGGCACCGUGGUAGAGGGCCGUAAAAUCGAGGUGAAUAAUGCUACAGCACGUGUAAUGACCAAUAAGAAGAUGGUCACACCAUAUGCAAAUGGUUGGAAAUUAAGCCCCGUAGUUGGAGCUGUAUAUGGCCCUGAGUUAUAUGCAGCAUCCAGCUUUCAAGCAGACGUGUCCCUAGGCAAUGAUGCAGCAGUGCCCCUAUCAGGAAGAGGGGGUAUUAACACUUACAUUCCUUUAAUCAGUCUCCCUUUAGUUCCUGGCUUCCCUUACCCGACUGCAGCCACCACGGCAGCCGCUUUCAGAGGAGCCCAUCUGAGGGGCAGAGGGCGGACGGUAUAUGGUGCGGUCCGAGCGGUACCUCCAACAGCCAUUCCCGCCUAUCCAGGUGUGGUUUACCAGGACGGAUUUUACGGUGCUGACCUCUAUUCAGCUGAAGACACGUUAACAUCUCACUCUAAAUCUCUCAGUGGAGUCUCUGUUCCCUUCUCUGAUAUAACAGAUGGGGCGGAUACGCAGCCUACAGAUACGCACAGCCCGCUACUGCAACCGCGGCCACAGCUGCCGCCGCCGCCGCCGCGGCCUACAGCGACGGUUACGGCAGGGUGUACACAGCCGACCCGUACCACGCCCUUGCCCCUGCCGCUAGCUACGGAGUUGGCGCUGUGGCGAGUUUAUACCGAGGUGGCUACAGCCGAUUUGCCCCCUACUGAAGUGACGUGAGACCCUGCAAAUGGGACAGCCCCCCAGUUCAUGAGGCCUGGCUAUUGCAAUAUUUACUAGUAGAGGAACUCUAUAGCAAGAUGAAGAGGAAAAACAAACAAACAAACAAAAAACACAAAAAAAGAGAGAAUACUUUUUUAUACCUCACUAUGUUCUUUGAAUAUGUAUUUUUUCCUUUACAUUUCUGCCUUUAAUUCUUUUGUUCCAAAGAUUGUGCAUUUUUUUCUUUUUUUUCUUUUUUUUUUUUAACUGUGGUAAAAAAAAAAAAAAUAAUGCAUUUCCAUGUCUGUAUGUCCGUGCUUAGCUUAUUCUGUCAAUCACGGAAGAGGCAGUUAAUGAGGAAGGGGAGACCUUAGGAGCUGAUGAAUGCAUGUGAUCAGAAAUCAGCAGACAGAGCUACCAAAGUGUAUCCGGUGCUGAAUGGCUGGGGGACGAGCAGAAGUGGAGGAGAUCUGUCUGCAACAGGAUAUUCUUCUAGUCUUCUGAGUUUCUGGUCUUCGGCAGGCAAUUCUGCUUGGCUGUGGCUGGAAUCCACAUGCUGAUAGAUGACAGGAAUUUGUGCUUGCAAAGCAGGAGGAUUAAAAAGACACUUUCCUCUCCUCUUCCCUCCUGUCUUCUCCAUUCUUUUUACAAUCAUCUUACCUGCACAGCCUGAGACAGUUGGCAUCGUUUUUGGAAUUAUAAUAUUAAUAUUUCCAAACAUGCUCUCAGACUGUGGAUAAUAAACACCUCAUUAGGAAACCGAUCUCAGAAUGAACUCUGGAGUGUGAAAAAGAUCAUUCUUUUCUUUCCUGAGAUCCUAGCAUUCCUGCUGGGCUGCUUCCCUUUUCUCUGAACCACAGCUUAGCUCAUCUGUCCUUCUAUGAACUCCCUGCUCCCAAGUCCUCAAGAGUCAGGAAUUUAGGACCCAGGGACAGGAGAAUAAAUAGCCAGCAACCAGAUCUCCCGGCUUGAGGGUUUAGAAGUACCAAGUGUUGGGAGCCAGUAAAGAGGGUAAGGAAGAGAAAAGGGAUAUCAGAUGAUGUCUGGCAGGGCUCUGAUAUUCCUGUGCUUUUCUCUUGCAUCAGGAGGUCAGUACAAGGUAUGAAACAUAUGGAGAGUGUUGGCAAAAGAUAAAGCUCCGAGUCCCGGGGCAGCUGUCCCUGGAAGUUUGUGGUGAUCGGGGCAUGUGAGGGCAGGCAAAGGCACUUUGUACUAACUAGCUCCAAAGCCAUAGGAAUUCCCAUUUUCCAGAGCAUUCUGUGAGCCACUUCUCUGUCCAUGGUCUUGAGCUCUCGUGGCCACUCCGCCCGGCUUCUCAUUUUCCUCCAAAGACACCCAGCAGAGCACUCGACCGCUUGGCAUACAUGAACACUACAGGAGAUAAAACCCAGAGCCCCUGAGGCUCCUCCCCUCCCCUGGUGGAAGGAGGGUGUGUCCUGGCAAGGAUCUCCUCUCACGUGUUGCCAGGAAGUUGUGUGGUGACCACAGCGGUGAGUCACUGCUAUGGCUCCCUGGCUUUGAUUUUAUACAUAUUGACAAGGUAGGGGAGAAGGUGUUUCUCUUCUAGCUAUUAGCUGUUAAUGAUAAAGGCAAGGGUCCUGCAGCAUUUCCAAAAUGAAAGCAUUAGAAAACAGAAAAGCACGGUCUGUUUGGCUCCCUGGUCUAUUCACAUUGGUACUAGGGUGACCUCUCACCCAAGGGAUAGCUGCUAAAGGGAGUAAUUCAGAGACAUGGAGCUUCUGGUUUGUUAUAGGUUUGUUUUCCAUUUGUUUUGUUGUUGUUUUUUCUUUUUUUUUUACUCCUGCCUCCGCACGUGUUCUUGACUGAUAACUGAUUCAUGUCCCUGAAUUAAAAUGACUGACAUAUGACAGCAUCAAGCAUUCUUUGUAAGCAGAGUGAUCUAUCCGGGAGGGACUGGCCUGUUGUGUAAAAUACCUAUCUUCUCCCCCUGUGAAACCCUCUCUCUCCUGAUGACUGGGAGGAGAGGCUGUGCCUGAAACGAGGGGAGACAUCAACGGAGCUAGAGGCCUCGAUGCAGUCUUACUGAUUCUGGGGAGGAAUGCAUGGAAUAGGGGACGCCAUACUGCCCGAGGCCAUUGGCCAUUUGUAAGGGUUCCCCUCCCCAAGCCAAAGUUUGGUUUGUUGCUGUUAAGACAAUUUUUGUUGUAUGUAUAUAAAUAUUUUAGUUAGAGGAAGGGGUAUAGGAUGUGGGGCUUUCACAGUUCUAGAGAAUGGGGGCAGGGAGGAUUUUUUUUCUUUUUUCUUUUGCUUUUGUUUUGAGGGAGAGCUUUUACUCACUAAAGAAACAGAAAUUUCAUGUCAUGUUCAAAUAGGGGCCAUUCACAGAAAUGGCAAGCCACUGCUCAGUGGAGAUAAGGCCAAAUUUUAAAUGGUUGUGUCUGUAGCAAGGGAGGAGAAUCGGGGAAUGAGUUUAGUAAUUUUCUCUUCUUUUUUCCAAGAAAGAGACAAGGAUGGUGGGCAAGGUAGAGAAGGCAGCUCCCACUGCCCUUUUAAAAAGAGGCAGAAGCUCGAGCUUGGGCUACCUUUACUGCAGUUCAGUUCAGCUGGUUCUGGCUGAGGACUCCAUAGGCAAGCUCUGUACGUUCUGCUGCAUUUCCAGGGAUGGUUGUAAUCCGGCUUCCUCCAGCUCCCUUUUCUAAGGAAGGCUAAGCAGACUUCCGCUUUCGCUCAAGGGCCUCUGCUCUUCGGUGUCAGCACCGAGAAUUGGAGCUCUUGUGAGCACCUAGGUGAGAUCGUAGCGGCCUCCCCAUCCCCUUUUGAACUCUGAGACUCCGUACAGCCUGCUUCAUCCUCAAAGCACCAGUGCUUGUCUGCUCCUGGCUCUGGUUCCCACUGGACUAAGAAACAGAGUUGGAAGAGAGUUUGGCAUCUGUGGGUUCGUUAGAGGAUGCUGGUUGAUGAUUCCAAAAAACACUGAUGCUGAAUCCCAGCACGUGAAUGCUUUCAACAGCUUUACUAUAGCUCAUGACGUGGACUUCUGUACUUAGCGUCUUACUCCUAGAAGCCGGGCUCCUUUAAGGAGACCGCUAGUGAAAACCUUUAUCUCCUAACCCUUUUUCAGCCAGGAGAGCUGCCCUUAGGUCUUUUCUGGAAUCCCUUGUGUUCCAUGGUCCAGCUCCCACAACCCCUGGCUCAACCAUUGUGACUCAUCGUUUUUAAGGCUCUCAGGUUUUCCCAAACUUCCAUCACCACCAUCCUCUGACAGCCACAGGUGGGAUUGAGCCAAUGUUAUUUUUCCUUGAAAAAGAAGGGGACUGGGACUCACCUCUUCGUUUAAGGGGAGCUAGUGGAGAUUAUUCAAUAAAAACCAGUGGUAGCAGCUUUUCCUCACAAGUCUAACUCCUCAGGGGCUAAAUUGCUCUUACUUUAGGUUCCCGUUCCUAGCAAUGUAGCAGACAAGUAGGUGAGCACCACCCCCAUCACCAGUCACUUAGCUUCCAGGUGGGAGGGAGGUAUAAACUCGGGAUUGAAGCCGCCCUGACGAUCUGCCAGAGGGGCUUCCUAACUCCCCUUCCCUUGGACAGGAGAAUGGGGCCAAGCCAGGGCCCCUCUGGAAGGCACGCCAGCCAGAAAGGGGAGGGAAACUACUCGCCCCCUUCCCUCUCACCAAGUCCAGCCUCCUCUGCUGCUUGCAACCUCUAGCACAGUAACGUUCGCAGAAUUGCAGAUUCCCCCCUCCCCAUGAUAGGAAGAAAGGGACUUUGGGGGGUGGGAAGGGAUAGCGGUGUUUUAAAAAGCAUAAGUUACCUGUUUGCACUGUUUUAAGAUAGGAAAAAAGAAUAGUGGGCAAGAUGAACAUCAGACGUAAAUUUGUGUGUUUUUAUUUUGUCAUGCUCUUGAAAAUGUCUGACCAUUUGUAGUAUAGACACCAGUGAGACUUGCUUCUGUUACAUAAAACACUAAAUUUUUUUUUCUGUUUUUGGUAAUGUUACGUCCAGAAGCCUCUUCCCUCCCUUUCCCUUUCCCUGUGUACUUCCUCCAUACUUGCUUUACUGAUCAACCAGGCAAUAGCCAUCCAAGAGCUAGAGCAUGAAGCAGGGCCCUUUCCAAGUAGGCUCCGGCGGUCCUAAGCCAGUGCGCGCCCCCUGGUUUAGUAAGCACAAUGGAGUCCCUGGCACCUGGCUUUAAAAUAAGGCUCACAGACCGGCCUAUGGCAAGUUCUCCAAUUCCCGAAUCAGAUGCACUAGGAAUGAGGAGCCGAGGGCAGAGGGGAUUCCUCAAGUUAUCCAAGUUGGCUGUAGUAGCUGUUCUUACCCAUGUUACCGGAACUGUAGCCAGUUACAGUUUACUCAGGAAAACGGUAGAUCAAUUCAGCCAUGGUAGUGCUGGUUGGCAGGGAUUGGUAACCGAGAGAACUGCUCAUCAGCCAAACUCAGACCUUGCCUUUUAGGAGCCUGCCAGCGGGGGGCCCAGUGAUGCCGGAGGGCUCCCUCGGCCACACUGGCAAGCAAAAAGGGAACAUCAAUUCUCUUUCCUCUCCUCCUCCCUCCCCGCCCCGUUAACAACAUCAGAUUCCCAGGGGGUCCGUGCGGUUUUGACUUUUUAAAAAGUGACUUUUGGUUUGGUUUUACUGGGGACUGAUAAGUGCUUUAAGCAAGUCUACACCCCAUUGAGACUCCCAGCUUAGCCGUUUUCUGGUAUUUUUCUGUUCACAGUAUUUUCGUGUGUGUGUGCUGUGUUCUGGCAGCUGACUCGGGCUGUAUUAUCUAUCGAAGAGUGAUGAAUUGAUCCUCUUUUUUCCCUAAGGGAUAUGAAUUGUUUUUUUUUUCUUGUGUUAUAAUUCUGCUUGUGAAUAGCUGGAGCAAACCUGGGGCCUGACACACGUAAGCUAGGGCUGCAAAGUGCUGACAGGGCCGGUGGGGUUGACUUGUCCCUGACAGGCUGACCUACCUGCGUCUCUGAGCUUUUCAGCCCAAAUCUUUGCAAGGCUAAAAAUGCCACAGAACCUCUCCUCUCCUCCCCACUCCCCGUGGCAGGGACUGGACCAUCCCAACAUGCGACAUGCAGCUUCUCCGGCCCCCUCCCAUUGCCAUGGCAAAACAGGUACCUUUGGGGCAUGGGGGCAUCACAUGGGAUGCUUGUAUAAUUGACCACCUCGCCUUCUCUCCCCACCCCCACCCCCAGAGUCACUUCCUAGGACACCCGAGCUGCUUGCCCAGGGUCCUGUUUCCCUGCGAACUCCAGAGAAGCACCCCCGGGCUUUGUGACAGCCUCUUAACUCCCUCCCCUUCUUGUUAAGAAUCCUAUUGUAUAGUAGCUUUCAGACCAUACAGUAUUCAUUGGGUUACUCCUAUUAUUAUCAAGUAGCUGGAAUUGUGAAGGUCGGAGUAGUUAGAUCUUUAGCUUUUAUUCCUUAUUUUUUUGUAUUACUAUCCAUGUGUAUAAAUUAUUGAUCAUGUUGCUGGCUUUUAUAAACUCCAAGCGAAGGAGGAGCGCCGCCUCUGCCUUUGCAAACGGUAAUGAAGCACUGUUUUUAAAUAAAAGAGAGAAACACCGUU